AUGAGUAGAGAAAUUUUGGAUAUAGAUCCAGAUAAAUGGAAUACUCAAACUUCACAGAUCUCUGGGAGUAAGGAUAAUCAUACUCUCAGUCCGUACUUUAAAUACGAAUAUUCUAAUAUCUCUGGACGUUCCUCACUUAAGUUAGUUUCUCUGCAGUACAAGGAUCAAAAACUCCAGAUUUCACUUCCGAGUACUCUAAUUUCAAAAGUUGCCACCUACUUUACAAAAGAUAAUGAGAGACUCUUAGCUCUUUAUAUAGAAACUACUACCAAACAUAUUUACUAUACAAACAAGGAUAGUAGUAAACCCAUAACAAAGGAUUCUUUAUUUGAUUAUUUUUUAACUAAGUAUGGUAAUACACUCAGAACAACUAACAUAAAGACUAUCCUAGACAGUGUUCAUGCUAAAAAGAGUCUUGAUUAUGAUAACUUAUCUGAAGAAAUUAGAAAAAAGCUUUGGAGGGGAAAUGAUAUAUACUUUGACCUUUCCCAAAAACCUACUAACAAUGUGCAAAAUGCAGAAUAUUUAUCUGAAGUUACUGGUGUAAAGGUUAUUAUUAAGAAAACUAUAACACCAAAUAAUAAAUUCCUAGAAGUCAACCACGCUCCUAAAGUCACAGGUUCUUCCUUCCACAUUAGAGGAUUUAGCAAUUCUUCCAACGAAAAUGUCAGAGUAAAUGAUGAUUUCCCCUAUGAUUUACUUAAAAAAUUCACUGUUUACUACAGUUUAACUGAUUCUACUUACAUAGAUCCUCUUUUGGUGGUGCUAACUCCGGAGAAUCUUACUGGUGAUCCAAUGUAUGUUUCUAGUAAGUACUUGAUUUCAAAGCACAAUGAUAAUGUUCAAUGGGAAAUGUGCAGGGUUAAAGAUGGCUUUGUGGUUGAUCAUGCGAUUGAAGAAAUACUUAAGAAUAUUCAAGAGAAUACAAAACUUAAUUUGGAGAAGAAUCCCGAUCUUAAGGAAAAACUGAAGGAUAUAACUUAUGAUCUUUUUAUCGAUUUAACUCGAAAUUUUGACAAAAAUGAGGGUCAAUAUACUUCUGAUGAUAAACAAAUUCCUUACAGAAAAAUUGUGAGUACUGGUUACUCAUUUAUUUCACAUGCUGAGACAUUUAAUGGAUUUACUGUUAAAGAAAUUAAAACAAGAGAGACCACGAUUAAACAUCCUACUAUUCCUAUAAACGCUAGAAUACGCAAACUAUGUGUUUUCUACAGUGGUACUAGCGAAACUACAGAUCCCCUUCUGAUAUAUUUUUUAGAGAGAAGUGGGAAUGCUAAGUGGAUAUAUAGAUACCUGGGAGAUAAGGAGUGGAAAAUACUUUCUGCCGGAGCUCCUUCUAGUUACACUGACUCUAAAAGGAUUCUAGAAUUGUUGAAUGAGUAUUCCGUUUCAAGUGUCAUGGUAGAUCUCUCAAAUACCGGAGGGUCAUAUAUUCCAGAUGGAAAUACCCUUACCUUCAAGGUUACUAGUACUGAGGAUCCUCCCAACUCUGGUUUCUGGAAGUUCAAACAUACUUCAGCUACUGGACAAACUUUCCAAGUCAAGAGUGUUAAGCAUACUGAAAAAACUCAACUUUCUGGUAUAUCUUCUUCCGGUCCCCUUGAUAGUGUCUCAGCAUACUACUACGGAGGAAGUACUCCAGCAGAUCUUACCAGGCUUCUCCUGAUUGAACUGAGCUCAAGCGGUGGAGGUAGACAUAAGUAUUUUCACAGAGAAACAAAGGAUGCACAUACAUGGUCUGAAUAUCAUGGAUCUGGAGGAGGAUCUAAGUUGGAGGAUAUCAAGAAAACGCUAGAUGACCUCAAGAAAGUACAAUUUCCUCAAGAAAAACAAGAAGAAUAUGAACCACCACAAACUACUGGAUCGUCACGUUCGAACUCCCAAUUUCAUACACCUGGAAAUACUGAUCCUAAAAAUGAAAAAUCUAGAAAUGAGCAUGAUGAAUCUAGUGAUAAAGAAGAGAGAUUUUUAGGGGGAAGGGAUAACUUAUCUACAUCUUCCAAAGACUCUUCCGAUUCUUCCGGUAGUGCUAUAGCAGGUGGCAUAGUAGGUGGCCUGGCUUGUUUAUGCAUUCUUGGUGUUCUAAUAUGGAAGGUGGGACCCUCCAUGAGGGUUUUUAUAUUAAGCAGGAACCCUCCCCUCUAA